UAACUCCAAGAGCGCCUGUAUCCUUUUAGGUCACAGCCUAAACAUGUCUUUUUUUGUCGUUGUCGCUUUGUUCUCGUGCCUGGCAGCACACGGAUGGAAAAUGACACCGCCGUACAGCAAUGCAACUGCCAUGCCGCCAUCGUCCAAUUGUCUGUCUGGUACAGGCGCUUGGACCCACACAAGCCACACAAGUGCGGCGUGGACUUCGCCUCCAACUGCCAAGUCCACUGCUACUGUUGCCGUUGGCGCUGAAGGGCUGAAUUUCUCACCUUCUCAUGUCAACGCGGAUAUCGGCACAGUGAUCUUGUUUAAUUUUCUCGCUUUGAAUCACACCCUUACUCAGAGCAGCCUUUCUCAUCCUUGCAAAGCCAGCGGAAGAUUUGAUACCGGAUUCAAACAGUUUAAUCCAAGAAACGUUAGCGGGCAGUUUGUAGUGCAAUAUGAAGUAGCGUCGGAUGAGCCACAGUGGUUCUUUUGCGCGCAGACAUCUCACUGUCGCUCGGGAAUGGUCUUCAGUGUGAACCCUGGGGGUUUACAAAGGCAAUUUGUGUCAAAUGCGCUAUCGGCGGCAGGUACGCCUAAACCAUCACCCUGCGGCAUAACUGCCUCAAAAAACACAACGCGUCCAUCCAUCGUUAGCUCCUCAUCCACAACCUUUGCGGCUACGUUCAACUCAAGCAUCCAAACUAGCCCGGCUUUACUAAGUAGCGGUAGUAUCAAUGGUGUGCCACUUGUCCAACUUCUGGUAUAUGUAUUUAGCAUUAUUAUGUAG